UGAAACUUCCCAACCCGAUCUUUGCGACCAUCACCCCCCCUCGACAACAAUUCGGCGCCCGGAUUUGACGUGACAAGCUGCCAAAAUGGGUGCCCUCAAGUACGUCGAGGAGCUUCAGAAGAAGAAGCAGAGCGAUGUUAUGCUCUUCCUUCUCCGAGUCCGCUGCUGGGAACUCCGUCAACUCAACGUCUGCCACCGCGCUUCCCGUCCUUCCCGCCCCGACAAGGCCCGCCGCCUCGGAUACAAGGCCAAGCAGGGCUAUGUCAUCUACCGCAUCCGCGUCCGCCGCGGUGGUCGCAAGAAGCCCGCCCCCAAGGGUGCCACCUACGGCAAGCCUACCAACCAUGGUAUCAACCAGCUGAAGUACCAGCGCUCUCUCCAGGCCACCGCCGAGGAGCGUGUUGGCCGCAGGUGCUCUAACCUGCGCGUCCUCAACUCGUACUGGAUCAACGAGGACUCGACCUACAAGUACUACGAGGUCAUCCUCGUCGACCCCCAGCACAAGGCCAUCCGCAUCGACCCCCGCAUCAACUGGAUCGUCAACCCCGUCCACAAGCACCGCGAGGCCCGCGGCCUCACCGCCACCGGCAAGAGGUCCCGUGGUCUCAACAAGGGUCACCGCUACAACAAGACCAGGGCUGGCCGCAGGAAGACGUGGAAGCGCCACAACACUCUCAACCUGUGGCGCUACCGUUAAAUCGGUCGCCGUUGCGGCUGAUGAUGCGGAUUCUCAUAUCGUCACUGUCGGUCGUGAGACGGUUUUGCAGGGGACAAACCAUGUGUUGGGAAAAGGGUAUUCCGUGAUGACGGCAUUAUUACGACGACU